UCCAGCGUGUGAUUGGCAGAAUGAAGUAUAUUCUGGUGACGGGCGGCGUGAUCUCGGGCAUCGGGAAAGGCAUUAUAGCCAGCAGCGUGGGAACCAUCCUCAAGUCCUGCGGCCUACGCGUCACAGCCAUCAAGAUCGACCCCUACAUCAACAUCGAUGCAGGGACCUUCUCGCCAUACGAGCACGGUGAGGUGUUUGUUUUGGAUGAUGGGGGAGAGGUGGAUUUGGAUCUGGGCAACUAUGAGCGUUUUCUGGACAUCAGGCUCACCAAAGACAACAACCUGACCACCGGAAAAAUCUACCAGUCCGUCAUCAACAAAGAGCGCAGGGGAGAUUACCUGGGCAAAACCGUACAGGUGGUGCCACACAUAACUGAUGCUAUUCAGGAGUGGGUGAUGCAUCAAGCUCAAGUUCCCGUAGACGACGAUGGCGUUGAGCCCCAGGUCUGCGUCAUCGAGUUGGGCGGUACAGUCGGAGAUAUAGAGAGCAUGCCCUUCAUCGAAGCCUUCAGACAGUUCCAGUUUAAAGUGAAGAGAGAGAAUUUCUGCAAUAUUCACGUCAGUCUGGUACCACAGCCCAGCGCUACAGGAGAGCAGAAGACCAAACCCACGCAGAACAGUGUGAGAGAGCUCAGAGGACUGGGACUGUCACCUGACCUGAUUAUGUGUCGUUGCUCCACUCCACUUGAAAACUCGGUGAAAGAGAAGAUAUCCAUGUUCUGUCAUGUGGAGCCUGAACAGGUGAUCUGCGUGCAUGAUGUAUCAUCCAUCUACAGAGUGCCGCUGCUCUUAGAAAACCAGGGUGUUGUGGGAUACUUCUGUCGCAGGCUGAACCUGCCCAUCGAAACCAGACCCAGGAAAAUGCUCGCUAAGUGGAAAGAGAUGUCAGACAGGUCAGACAGGCUGCUGGAGCAUUGCUCCAUUGCUCUGGUGGGGAAAUACACCAAGUUUUCAGACUCGUAUGCCUCCGUGAUCAAAGCCCUGGAACACUCCGCUCUCGCCAUCAGCCACAAACUAGAGGUUAAGUAUGUUGACUCUGCAGAUUUGGAGGCCAGUACACUGCAGGAAGAGCCAGUGAGGUACCAUGAGGCCUGGCAGAAACUCUGCAGCGCCAAUGGUAUUUUAGUACCUGGAGGUUUUGGAGUACGAGGGACGGAGGGCAAGAUUCAAGCCAUCAGCUGGGCCAGGAAACAGAAGAAGCCCUUCCUGGGUGUGUGUUUGGGGAUGCAGCUCGCUGUGUGCGAAUUUGCUAGAAACAUGUUGGAUUGGAAAGAUGCUAACUCCACCGAAUUUGACCCAGAAACAAAACAUCCUGUGGUGAUUGACAUGCCAGAGCACAAUCCAGGGCAGAUGGGAGGAACUAUGCGGCUGGGGAAAAGGAGAACCAUUUUCAAAACCAAAAACAGCAUACUUAGAAAACUUUAUGGAGAUGUAGAUUAUGUCGAGGAAAGACACCGGCAUCGCUUUGAGGUGAACCCAGAGCUGAAGCAGCAUUUUGAGGAGAAGGGCUUCCGUUUUGUGGGUCAGGACGUGGAGGGUGAGAGAAUGGAGGUCAUCGAGCUGGACGAUCACCCGUAUUUUGUUGGUGUCCAGUAUCACCCAGAAUUCACAUCCAGACCCAUAAAACCGUCUCCGCCGUACUUUGGCCUGUUGUUAGCCGCUGCAGGGAGGCUUCCAGGUUAUCUUCAGAAAGGCUGUCGGCUUUCACCACGAGAAACAUACAGUGACCAGAGCGGCAGCAGUUCUCCAGACUCUGAGAUCGCAGACUUCAAACUACCCUCACUCACUCAGGAUUGAAUCAGUUGAUGGGCCUGCUUUCUAAAGGAUGCAGUACUGAAAUGCAGUUUUGAAUGGUCCAGCUUCAGUGAAAACAGGAUUUGACAAAGCUUCAUUAACUCAUUCUCCAUUGUAUAUUGCAUGUGAUGUUGCCAAUUAAACCAGUGGAAAUGAGGUGUAAACUUCCUCUGGCAAACUGCUAGACGUCUGCUUAAUGUGGUGUUUGAUAAGAUUUGUUUCCCCAUGCAUAGCUUUUAAGCUGAGUUGUCGUUUUUCAAAAUGUAAAUUAAAGCGUACAAAAGAGAA